AUGGGCCUCUUCGGCAAAAGCAAUGGCAAGGGGAAGGGCACCCCGUACAGGCAGCCCCUCCCCUACCCCGACGUGACGCUGCCACACCAUUGGCAUUUGGAUCCAAACCGGAUCCCGGUGCCGGCGGUUCCGCGGACCCAGCGGGCGCACGACGACGAGGUGCGCCGGCGCCGCGCGCUGCUCACGCCGGAGCAGCGUCGGCUGCCCGAGUACGCCGCCGACUCUCCUAACUGGGAGGCUUGGUUCGCCCUUGAACACGAGGAGCAACGACACUCGGGUGUCGACGCCGUCCCGCCGCCGUUCCCACCGCCGCCCCCGCAGAUGCGUGGUAAUCCUAAAAUCUGCAGGUUGCCAUGCGUGCAUGUAUGUAUAUAUAUGUGCCUCCUAGGCCUCGUCUCUCGGUGGGAGAGCAGAGCAGAGCAGAGCAAAAUGCAGUACUACGCAGGCGGUACCUCCUUUAACUCACCACAUGCUGGAGCUCAUGGCCGUGACUGCUUCUGCAUCAGCGGUCCCAAACACAUAGCUCAAUCCGUUGACUGGAGCAACGAGGAGCACCGCCGUUGCAUCGCGGCUUGCCUUGUGAAAGCUACUUACAUCAUGGAGGAGGACCGGCCAAAGUGCAGGGUGUAUGACAUGGGGUUGGCGCCGCCGUGGUGGCAGAGCUUCCACUUCGAGCUGCGGGAUCUGCUCAAGUGCGGCACCGAGAACGCGGACGAGUUCAUCUUCGGCGCCGUAUUCGAGUACUGCCCCCCCGCGGGGUGGCAGCGCCACCCGUCGGCCCCAAACUACGUUUUCGCCCUGCGCGGCACCAUGCCUCGGCACCCAAAGUCCGCCCACGACCUGUACAACGACAUCAAGGUCUUCCUCAGCGACCUGCCAUGCUGCAGACGGACCCAGAAGGCGCGUCAGGCGGUGGCCAACAUGCUCAUCCGUAAGGGCACGGAGCGCUGUGUGUUGUGGCUGGCGGGGCACUCGCUGGGCGCGUCGCUGGCGCUGGAGGUGGGGCGGGACAUGGCGGAGCAGCACCAGGCGUACCUGCCGACCUUCCUCUUCAACCCGCCCAACGUGUCACCGAUGCCGGCCUUCAACCUCCUCAACCCGUCGGAGGUGGCGAAGAAGGACGUGUUCACGGGGAGCUACCUCGUGAAGGCGGCGCUCGGGGCCACGGUCAUGAGGUCAUACUGCACCCGCAUGGAGAAAGUGUUCCAGCGCCUCUCCCCGUGGGUGCCGGAGCUGUACGUGAACGAGAGGGACAUCAUUUGCCAGGGUUUCAUCGACUACUUCGAGCAGCGGCAGAAGGUGGAGGAGCGCAUCGCUGGCGUCGGCAGGGCAGCCAUGAAGCUGUCGUAUCGCGACAUGCUCUCCUCCCUCAUCGGCAGCAGCAAGGAGCAGCCGCACCUCUUGCCGUCCGCGAGGCUGUGGAAGAACUCCAACACAACAUUCGGCACGCACGACCUCAUGCAGUGGUGGAGGCCGGACAGCGAGCUAAAGCUCAGCUGCAGGAAGUUCACCUACCCCAGAGCAUGAGAUAUCUAUGUUAUAUUAUACUCACUCUAUCCUAAAAUAAGUGUCUCAAGUUUAAUAGUAUUACCUAAACGCGUGCCUAGCUACUCCUGCUUGUGUAUCUCAUGAUAUAACAGGACGUAUCUGACCCGAGGAAGAGCAUGUACAUGGAGUAUCUGAUCAUACUAGAUCAUCCUUGAUAGUACAUACAUUGGGCAGAUAUUUAGUUCAGGACAGGGCAGCAAGCUGAUCGAGACCAAUCUCAGGGAGCGAGGGUUUAUACCAGUUCGGACCUCUCGGAGGACGUCCAGUGUGGUGUGUAUUGAUGUGGUGAGGAGCGUGUUGCUAGGAUUUAGCAAUGCGCACCAUAUGCUCCCUCAUGACGGGGUGGUUACAUAUUUGUAGGCGGACAACCGCCUUGGUAACUAUCCGGAGUCUAUAUCUAGUUACAUCUAUUUGUACAUCAAGUAA